UUUCCUUUAACCUGGAUCCAGAAUGUUCAAAUGCGACUAAUAGCCCUUCUCUAUCCCAAUUAAACAAUUUUAGUAAUGAUUAUCAUUCUAUGGACAACAUUAGUAACAAUUAUCAUUCUAUGGACGAUAGUUCUGACAGUGAACUUA